GCUUGUAGCUUCGGUGCGCCCACGAAGAGGAGAUGACGUCGAUUGCUCCGCCCCGCGAGACCAUGUCCCUGAAGCGGACCCGCAUGAUGGAGACGCCCUUCCUCGGCGAUAUGGAGGUCGAGAGCGCUCGUUCCAUGAAGCGUCGCUGCUUCCAGCAGGAGCCGCCCCAUGAGCACGAUCUGCCCAAGUACUCGCAGCGCCAGUUCGAGUUCCUCGACCAGGCCAAGCAAGCCGAGAUGAGCCGAUUAAGAUCCGAGUUUGAGCACAUUAUGAUGAGCAAGGAGAACGAGCUCAACGACCUGCGCAUGGAGCGGGAGCGUCUGCGCCACGUCUGCACGGAACAAGCGAAAGAAGCUGAAAAGAUCCAAGCAGAGAACAAGCUCCUGCGCCGCGCGGUGACGAUCCAGAACCAGCAAAAGGAAGACGCGACGCAAGAGAACAACAUGCUCAAGCAGAUUGCGACGCAGGCCGCGGAGCACAUCAAGCGCUUGGAGCAGACAAACUACGCACUCCGCGUGCACCUCCAAGCGAGCACGGGCAACAACGGCUCGGCCAACACGUUCUCGUCGGACGUAUACUAGAGGGCCGUCCGCCCUCGCUUCUAUUUGCAUGCCAUUUUUAUUAGUCGUAGACCCAUAAGAGAAAUAAAGUCAAAAUUCAUCGCCGUUAUUACAUCC